AUGGCGGAGGUAUUCGGCGUUGUCCUGAAGAAGCUGUGGGACGAAGUCCAGGACGUGCCCAACGAGAUCUCUCAGCUCGUCCGGCAGCUGGAAGUUGUCAGACCCGUGCUCGCCGAGAUGGAGUCCGAGUUCACGCAGCAGACGCACAAGGUGUACCACAACAGCGCGGCGAACCUCAGCAUGGAGUACUGCCAGCAGGCCGUGGCGGAGCUCGACGCGUUGGCCGAAGAUUUGCGGUCGCGGAUCGAAGCGGCGAAGAGGUCUAGGAGAAAUAUCACGAAGCUGAAGGUCACCUUCAAGAAGGAGCAGAUUCGCGGCUAUCAAGAGAAGAUACAAUUUGCUUUGCAGCUUCUGUCCCUCUCGCAGCAGACUUACACAAUUUCUGUGGUCAAAUCUCGAUUCCUGACAUUCCCGGAUCCAGCCCCCCAAGCACGCGUCCAGCUUCCGAGGUGGGUAUCAGAGACAUUCUGGGAUUUUCAGGCCUACAGAGCGUGCACGGGAUGGAAAGUUUCGCUCAAGCCCUGGACAGUGAGACCCAGAAGCGACCCGAUUUUCAAUUAUAUCGUCGAAGGCUCUCUGGAUGAUGUUAUGAAAGCCUUGAAGAGUAACAGAGCUUCUCUACAGGAUGUUGAUGAGUAUGGAUCGACAUUGUUGCACGUACGUACUUUAACAAUCAAACCCCUUGAAUCAGGAAUCAGCUGA